UCAGUGGUAGUGGAUCCUAUGCUGGUUCGCUUCCUGCGGCCACACCAGCGGGAGGGAGUGCAGUUCAUGUUCGACUGUGUGACCGGGCAGCGGCUGGAGGGCAAGCAGGGCUGCAUCCUGGCGGAUGACAUGGGUCUCGGCAAGACGCUGCAGGGCAUCACCCUCUUGUGGACCUUGCUGACAUCUGGCCACUCGCUGCUGGGGGGCUGCCCCAUCGCCCGGAGAGCAAUCAUCGUGUGCCCCACCAGCCUGGUCUCCAACUGGGAUAAUGAAUGCACCAAAUGGCUGCAGGGUCGUCUGAAGACUCUGGCGAUGUGUGAAAGCACCCGAGAGGAUGUGGUGGCCAACAUUGGGAUGUUUUUGCACCCUUCAAACGUGUACAAGGUCCUCAUCAUCAGCUACGAGACCUUCCGAAUGCAUGCCGAGAGGCUCCAGGUGCCCGGCUCGUGCGACCUCCUGGUGUGCGAUGAGGCGCACCGACUUAAGAACGACGCCACACUGACGAAUCGGGCGCUGGACAACCUGCCGUGCAAACGCCGAGUGCUGCUGUCGGGCACUCCCAUGCAAAACCAUCUGGAUGAGUUUUUCGCGAUGGUGGACUUUUGCAACCCCGGGGUGCUGGGGGCCCCAACACAGUUCCGCAAGUACUACGAGCUGCCCAUCUUGGCGGGGCGGGAGCCGGACGCCGCUCCCGAACAGGUGGUCCUGGGGGAGGAGCGCAGCAGGGAGCUCAGCGGGCUCACGAACAAUUUCAUUUUGCGACGAACCAACAAACUGCUCAGUCAGCACCUGCCGCCCAAGGUAAUCGAGGUGGUGUGUUGCCGCCUGACGGAGCUGCAGCGCCAGCUCUACCAUCACUUCUUGCAGAGCAAGGCAGCCCGCCGCGUGCUCAACGGCCGAACCAGCGGUGUGCUGUCGGCCAUCACUUCCCUCAAGAAGCUGUGCAACCACCCCAAACUCAUUUACGACGCUGUGCACAGACGUUUUUCACCGGGGCACGUGCGUUCCUGCUCGUGUCUGUCUGAUGUGGGCUCCCUGUUUCCCCCGGGGCUGUUUGACAACGGCCGAGUGGGCCGCGGCGGCAUGGCGGCUGGCUGGGAGACCUUGUCCGGCAAGAUGGCGGUGCUCGCGCGCAUGCUGCACGUGUUGUACACCGAGACCCAUGACAGGAUUGUCCUGGUCUCCAACUACACCUCCUCUCUGGAUCUGUUCGCCCAGCUGUGCCGGGAGAGGGGCUACCCCUUCGUAAGACUGGACGGAACCACCACCAUCAACAAGCGCCAGAAACUGGUCAAGGUGUUUAACGACCCCGCUGAGCGCCAAUUCGCCUUCUUGCUGUCCUCCAAGGCGGGUGGCUGCGGACUGAACCUCAUUGGGGCCAACCGGCUGGUGCUGUUUGACCCGGACUGGAACCCCGCCAACGACCAGCAGGCCGCGGCUCGGGUUUGGCGCGACGGUCAGCGCAAGCGCGUAUUCGUGUACCGCUUCCUGUCCACGGGGAGUAUUGAGGAGAAGGUGUAUCAGCGGCAGCUCAGCAAGGAGGGACUCAAACAACUGGUC